GUCUCCUUCACUCCACUCCAUCUAAAUGUCAGAAUCGUUUCGAUUUCGCGGAUUAUCGAUUUACAUCAAUUUGCAGCAUUCGCAAGUCACAGCACUCGUGAUGUGCUCCUGCCUUGAAAUAUCUUGAAACUACACUUCAGAGAUGAAGUGUUUGGACAAGAAACAGGAGCAUGCAGGAGCUGAAGCUGCUGAAAAGGGGCUGCUGUCCGGACGACCGACAUUGGAAGCACAUGCCUUUCCACCCAAACGGGGUCUGCGUCAGACUGCCACAGCAACUGAUACAACGGUGCGUGAAGGUGCUUCUAGACACCCGGCGGCAGGAGAUGCUGUGGCCCAUGAUGAUCAUGCCUUUUUGUUGGGGCCCGACAGGGUUGCUGCUGGUCACCGGGGGCUCCACGUCCCUGGCCGAGCUUUGCACGCCAAGCUGCUGCCGCGUGCUGCAUGUGCCAGGGACCUUCAACAGCUUGGAGGAGUUCGGGACCAGGACGUCCAGGCUCUCAUUCAGAGGGCUGAAGAUGAACAUCCUGAUCAAGAAAUUGCUGGUUUGCUCCACAUCGGAGGCGGACUUUCAUGGUGCGGCCUCCUCUAGCAGCUCUUCACUGGCCCAGCCAGCGAGCACCGUCGCCUUGGACGAGAGCCUCCGUUCCUUGACGUUGCUGGUGGCUGGCCUGGUGCCACGCCUCAAAGCCGGGGCUCGCCUUCUGACAUGGUCCUCGGACAGCGCCUUCGCCAGCCCCUCCACUUGGAGCGAUGGAAGUGGAGGGAUGGCCGCGCUGGCCGGUGCCUUCGUUGAACAAUACACGCAGGCCUUGGCUCAUGAACUGCGCCACUCCUUCACCGUCUACGGCCUGCGGAUCAGCGAGGAGGCGUUGAGGUUCGCCCUGGAUCCAGCUCUAGAUCCAGAAGCCCGAGGGAAGUUGGAGAAGGAAAUCGUUGCUUUGUGGUCUCUGCCCCACAGAGAAGCACAUGGCCAAAUCUUUCCAGUUGGCAGGCCUGAAGUGACCUUCAGCAGCAGCAGCGCUCGCGGAGCCAGCGUCCUGGGCUGUUCGCUGGAUGUGGCGUGGGCAUUGAAGGAUGCGGCCAAGGAUGCGGCGGCGUAUCCGGUGGAUGGCCGACCCAAGACUUACCAGGCGCUGGCGAAGGCCCUGCAGACCACUCCAGCACGCCUGGUCUGGGCGCAUGGAGCCUCGGACAUGAUUUUGCGCACGGCGCUGGCAGCUGCCAAACGUGCGGAAGGUCCUUUGAAGGCCUUGAUGCAAGGCCCGUCCUGGCCGAAUGCCGCCUACUUGCUCCGAGCCGGUGGUAUGAGCAUCGACAAGGUGCCUUACCCUGAUCCUUGGUCGGCGGAUGGAGCCUCUCAGACGUUCUGGCAAACGUUGCGAGAAAGGAUGGCCAGUGAAUCUCCUGCAUUGGUCUACUUGGUGCACCCGCACUUUCCCACAGGAGUCAAGGAGCCCAACUUCGGUUCCCAGCUGCGGGAUCUCCUCAGUUCUGGGGACUUCACCAAGACCUUAGUGGCGGUGGACCAGACCUACCUGGGCUUUACGGAAAAGACGGAGGAUGACGAUAUCCUGGAGACCCUUGCCCAGUUCAACGACAGCGUGGUGCUGAUUCGAUCCUUGUCCAAGGUGGAAGGUUUAGCCGGCUUGCGGCUGGGCUAUGCCAAGAGUACAGCGGCCACCGCAGAUCUCAUCGCGGAGACCCUGCCUUUCUCGGGCGGCCUCUAUAUCUCUGAGAUGGCGUUGGCAGGUGCGCUGGCUGCCAUUGAGGGUCCCAUCUCCAGUGAACAUCGAAGCCAGGUACUCAGUUUCUACCAAGCUGAGCAAGCCUGGCUCCGGGAGCAAGUAGAGGGGCUGGGCUUUGAGACCUUCCACAGCGCUGUGCCCUUCUUCGUCCUCCGGGGGCCCAAGGCGGCCCUGGAGGCGGUGGUGGAGGAUGGAGCCGCGCUGCAGAUUUUCAACUUCGAUGGUGAAACGGACGAUCAACGCAGCCCUGCUGUUUGCCUGGUGGCGGAUCGUGCCUCAAACUCAAAGACCAUCAGGAUGCUCAAGUUGGCGUUAGAGAAGAGCUCUUCACCUGGAGUGGACCUGCGGUUGCAAAGUAUCGAUUCUGCGGGAAAUGGCGUGAAGUCUCAGCAACCGUUGCGGGUGGACACAGAUUUUAGACCAGUGGAAGUGGAGGUGGGAAGUGGGUGGCACGAAGACCUAUUCUUGCUUGGCGCCUUAGGCGCCGCGCCGGAGGAUGCGAAGCUUGGGAUGGGACGUCCUACCACGGACUUGUUUCAUGGCUGUUCGAGCUUUGCUCGUUGGUUAGGUGGUGGUCAGCCAGACAUGGAUUUGGAACUUGGAGAUGCAAGCUCGAGCGAGCAGGACGAACAGCAGCGAGAAGACUUUGCACGAAGCAAACCGCCCAUUCCACCAGAGAAGCCUCCCUUGGUGGAUAGGCUCUUGGGCGGUGGCACAGGGGAUGCCUUUUUGCAGCCCUACAGGAGGUCCGCGGCAGAGCAGCAGACACUGGAGAAACUCUGCGACUUCGUGCAGCAAGGGCAACACACAGAGGUGCUGGUGGGAUCCGUUGGUGGAAGCCUGCUGCAGGCGGGGGCUCAGAGCAAUUGGGGAUCCCCCAACUCCAACCAAUGGGAUGGGCAGCUCCAUUUCGACUUCUUGCUUUGGAAGGACUUUGUGCGGCGCGUGCACAAGGUGUCCUGUCAGCUACCACAUAAUUUGUACCGCUCCCGGCUGCAUGUGACCUUGGUGGGCGAUAUGCUGAUGCAUGGAUGUGUUGCCGGGCUGGCUGAGGACUCCAUUUUUUUAAGAGGAGCUGACAUUUGUAAAGGCAACAAAGAGCUUCACAUCAUUAAAGAUGGAGAGCUGGCACUUACGAUGUAUUUUGAGGAUGAGGAAGAUGUUGAGUUCUGGCUAGAGGGCCUAUCUUCUGCAGUCCGAGUGUCGGAGAACUUGCCGAAGCUCUUCAGUGUUCACACCCGCGAAAUCCACAAGAAGAAUGAGGAGGUCAGCCUGGCCCAACUAGCACAACAAAACAUGUCCAAACUUCUGAGCCUGAAACGCCGAGAGUUGACGGCGGUGGAGGAGAAGGCUCAAGGUUACCAGAUGGUGGCAGACCAACGGCAGCAGGAAGUUCGAGAGCUGCAGGAACAGCUAUCGACUUAUGCCGUGUUAGCUUCCCAGAAGGAGGAGGAAAAUGAACGCCUUCGGCUGGAGGUGGCAGAGAAAGAUGAGAAAAGCAAGAUGGAAAGGCAGCGGCAGGAUCGAAUGGAGCUUGAAACAACGGCUGCAUCUACUGAGGAUGUAGCAAAGUACCUGGAUUCAGCUGUUGAUUUUGCCUCCGACGGCAGUGCUACCCAUUCCAAAGACAAGGGCGGCCUAAGUGGCUCAAGGCACUCUCAGCGUGCCCAGAUGGCCAAAAAUCAAAAAAUGGAAGAGGUACAAAAGCGUCUCUUGGCAAUGCAGAAGUUGCUGGAGCAAAGUGAGACGUCAUCCAGCCAUCCAAGAAAGGCGCGCCACAGCAUCCCAGCAACACUGAAAAAUCUCAACAGUGAGACAGGAAUCCAAGUGACAUUCCUGGCAGAUGACCAGCUCUUGUCGGAAGGUCGAAGCUGGAUGCAGUUGGGGGAGCCUCGGAGACUCUUUUCUUGGCUAUGGCAGAUGGGGACAUCCAGCAGGUCAACAGGACAGGAAUGA